CAGUUUGACUAACCAUGGUUAGGCUUUGAUGUACAUGUACUGCAAAUUUAUAAACAAUUGAAAUCUGGGGAGAGAGAGACAGACAAAGAAAAGAAAGCACAUCUCAAAAUCCUUCCGCAUUCCAGAAGAACCCAACAUUUCUUUUCAAAGACUUUAGAAGUAUUUAGCUUUCAUGGAGAUUCUUUAUCAUCUUUGAUACCUCCCCCCCUCAAGGCUUGCAGAUCAUAUACGGUCAAAGACAAGGAAAACGGGAACUUGGUCGAAUCUGAAGCAAACCCAUCACACCAAUCCAAGAACUCUGAGAUGGGUCUGUCAAGCCUUCCUGCUCCAUCACAAGGAAUGCUGUGUAUCAUACUGGUAAACACAGCAUUAUCGAUUUCCAUCUUCAAAGGCAUUGUCCAAUACAUCCUUCAUGUAGUAGGCGUCCUCCUCACAUCAUCACCAUCAAUGCCGUCAGUGACGCCCUCUGAGGAUCCAUCCGAAUCAUUUGGCCUUCAGUUCUGCCACGCGCACGGUCUCCUGGAGGAGUUCAGGAACCGGACACCGACCCUGAGAUUCAGCAGCUGCAAGAAACAUCCCGACCACGAACAAGAUUGUUCUGUCUGCCUGACGAAAUUCGAGCCAGAGUCAGAGAUCAACAACCUCAACUGUGGCCACUUGUUUCACAAAAUAUGCUUGGAAAAAUGGAUCGAUUACUGGAACAUCACUUGCCCACUUUGUAGGACUUCUCUGGUUCCAGAAGAAGAUGUCUCUUCAUACAUUUGGUGAGAGCAGUCGCUGAGUUUUCUCUGUAUAGAAUCGGUGGUUUGCACAGAUAUUAAUACAUAAAUGCACAGAGGCGAUGAUCAGUUAAGGUUGCUUUUCUGGUCAAGUUUUCAGUCACAUUAGAUCCCACGAGAUCAAUCUCGAGAUAUAUCUGAUGUGCAUACAAUGUGAAGUUAUGAACUACUUACAUGUACGAAGAUGUUGAGUUUGUGGUCUUGCCCUUUGUAUUUGUACAUAUGUAUACUUAGAUUUCUCCGUGAA